AUGUUGCGGGAAAGAGCGAGAAGAGUCACUCUCCCUCCUGUUCAAGAGAAUAUAGAUAAACUGGAGAAGGUAAUAAAGGAUGGUAACUGUUAUGGAGCUCAACAGAUGUACAAGUCUAUCAGUGCAAGAUAUAUAUCUGCUCAGAGAUUUUCUGAGGCUAUGGAUCUUCUUCACUCAGGAGCAUGCCUUCAGUUGAAAAAUAACCAGGUUACUUGUGGCUCGGAGCUUGCUGUAAUGUUUGUGGAAGCUCUUGUUAAAGCAAAAGUUCCCUAUGAUGAUGGUACCCUUGAUCGUGUCAGGACAAUCUACAAACUAUUUCCUCAGAUUCCUGUGCCGCAACACCUAGGAGAGGAGGACGAUGUUCACCAACUCGCUGAAGCGCUUGCUGCUGCAAAAACACGAGUAGAGUGCUGCUCGUCAUUCUUGAGAGCUGCAAUAAGGUGGUCUGCGGAGUUUGGACCCCAUAGGAGUGGAAGCCCACAACUACAUGUCAUGCUAGCUGAAUACUUGUAUACCGAGUCUCCUGAACUGGACAUGGCAAAAAUAACACUUCAUUUUGUGAGAGGUGACGAUCCCAAGAAGUUUGCAUCGACUUUAGUCAGUUUUAUGGGCAAGUGUUACCCUUGUGAAGAUGAUCUAGCAAUUGCAAGGGCCGUCCUAAUGUACUUAUCCAUGGGAAACAUGAGGGAUGCUAACUUUUUGCUGAGUGAAGUAAAGCAGCAGGUGGAAGUUAAGAAACUUGAGUUCCCACAAUCAGAUUUGAUCCAUUUCAUCUCUUAUCUUUUACAAACGUUGCAGAGAGAUGCAUACCCACUUUUUAGUAUGUUGAGAUCUGGUUACAAGCCGAGUAUAGACAGAGAACCUGCAUUUAACGAGUGGCUAGACGAUAUUGGGGAGGUUUUCUACGGUGUACAGCGGAGAAAUCCCUUGCAAGGAAUGUUUGGAGAGAUGUUCAAGAUUAUGUAA